UUACGCGAACUUGAAUAACAAAACAAGUUUAACAAGGGAGCAAUGGCUGCUGUAGAAGCUAAACCAAAGUCUGUACGUCGUGCGAAGUACUGGGACGAGAACGUUGAAGAAGCUUAUAGGUUUCAGCUAGCAGGCUAUAGAGAUGAAAUUGAAUAUUCAAAAUUUCAUCCACAAGAAGUGAUUGAUCGUUGGCCUCAUAACAAUUAUAUAAAGAAGCUGAAAAGACGAAACGAUGGUUUAUUUUAUUACUAUAACAAAGAGAGGGAAUGCCUGGACAAAGAGAUACAUAAAAUCAAACUCUACACUCAUUAGAAGAUAAGAAAGGAAGUGAAGAGAGGGAACUGCUACACUUCUGCAUCAUAAUCAAUCCUCUGUCUCUUUUCUCUUUUAACAAAUAAUUCUUUUGAUUCUA